CACCACACUUCCUGUAUACUAGCCCUUCCUUUCAAUUGCUUUUCGAAAGGUGCGGCGCGUCCAUCGCCGUCACACAGCGCCACCCCCAUCGCAUUCUGUGAGACGACGGCCAUUCUCAACCGUUUGAGUGCUGCGCUUGGCGUCUACCAUGACACCGACCGAACGACGGCGUGCCUUCGAUUCUUGACCAUCCGAACUUGCAAUUCAAUGUCCAGCAGAAGCCAGUGCGGGUAGGCGUGUGUUUGGCCAGCUGCUCGAGGCAGGCGAUUUUGCGUCUGCCGUGAAAACAACUCUCCACUGGCUGUGGCAGCUUGGAGAGGGAGCACAGACGUUGGUUGGGACGGCGGGGCGGGGUGGGGCGUCCGCCGUCAGGCACAGAGACAGGCCGCAAUGUCAACGGAAGAGCACAACGACGAUGGGCAGGAAUCGCGGUCGCAGGAGAGCAGUGGCCAGAAUGUCGAAUACACAUCCAAGUCGGAGAUGCCGCCCAGCUCGAAUGUGAUCACGGUCACGCCCCGCAGUGCUGUCGAGGCAACGGCACAAGCUGAGGUAGAGGGAGCGCUGGUAGAGGCGCAAGCAGAGGCACAAGCAGAGGCAGAGGCAGCUUCGAACCCGGACUACUUUACGCUACACCCCGCAUCCGCAGAAUGCACCAUCGAGACAGCACGGCUCGACCAAAGCCAGAGCCAGAGCCAGCACAGCCAGGACAACCCGCAAGCGCAACCACUGUCGCUGCCACUGCCACCGUCAUCGCUGCCACGCACUCGAUCGAACCCUUCGCCUGCAGCCAGUCUUUCCGGGAGCGAUGUCGAGUCGGGUCCGCGUGCGCACAGCGAAACUGCAGCCAAACCCCCGUCAUCGUCAUUGCUACCACUAUCCUCGCCACGCCCAGCAGCGCAGACGGCCAUCUCGAGUCUCAGCAUCGAGAGCACCGAAAGCUCGGCUACUGUGCGCCCCGCGCCCUCCCCCUCGCGCCCGGCUCUGACGACACAGCUCACUUUCCCCAGCCAGGCACUCGCGGAGCUGCACAAACAGCAGUAUCCGGCCUCCUACGUUCCCACGUACAUGCGUGGUCCCCAUGUCAAUACUUUCUCCUCUGCAAUAGCCUCGCACUACGCACGACCUCACCGCGGCACUCAGACCUCGCACAACUCGCCGGCUGUCACGCCGAGCACCGCCGGUUUGUUUAGUCCACACGGCCCAGCGUCGGCUGUGCCCUUGGAAACAGAGUCAGAUGCGUCGGGCACGUACGCUAGUCCCUUCCUGCACUUCACGCAUACCCACGCUCCCAAGGAAACCCACACUGCCGAUGUCGACAUCGAUCCGGUUUCUGGUCGCAAGGUGAUCAACAACUACGAGAUCGUGGACGAGCUUGGCAGAGGCACGCACGGAAAGGUCAAGCUUGGUCGCGACUUGUAUCACAGGGACAACUAUGUUGCCAUCAAGAUUGUUGAGCGCUUCUCCAAGCGACGUAAACUCGGUAGACUGGGCACGACCGAAGAUAAAGUCAAGAAGGAAGUCGCCAUUCUCAAGAAGGCUCGUCACCCCAACGUGGUGGCACUUCUCGAAGUCAUCGACGACCCGUCGCGAAAGAAGGUGUACAUCGUGCUGGACACGGAAGGACUUUCUGCCUUGGCCGACGAAGUUCUCGACUCAGAACUGGAUUCCGACCUUGAAUUCGUUCCCGUUAUGACAAUUGAACAAAUUCGUGUUGCUUUCAGAGACACUCUUCUCGGCCUACAGUACCUGCACUACCAGGGGAUCAUUCAUCGCGACAUCAAACCGCCGAACCUGUUGUCAACCGCCCAGGGCCGCGUCAAGAUCUCUGAUUUUGGUCAUGGUGAGGACGUUAGCGAAGCUGAAGCGCAUGACCAGGAUGAAGCAAAAGAGCUGGCGAAGACGGUUGGCACUCCUGCCUUUUAUGCGCCUGAACUUUGCAGCACUGACCCGGCAGAUGAGCCUCUGCCUGUUACCAAAGCCAUCGAUGUUUGGGCUCUCGGCAUCACGUUAUUCUGCAUGCUGUUCGCUCGCACACCAUUUGUGGACGAUCAGUAUGUCGUCAUGCGUCAGAUUGCAGAUGACGAAGUCUACAUCCCUCAGCAGAGGCUUCAACCCACGGAGCCCGAUGAACCAAAAUCUCAGUCGUCAUCCAGAGCUAGCUCCCAAGCUCGCAACACUUUCAGCACUCCGGCUUCUAAGAGGAACCCGCUUGAUUUUGCUUACGAGAAUCUUGGGGAUGAGCUGCAUGACCUGCUCAGCAGACUUUUGAUCAAAGAUCCACGGGACCGCAUCACUCUGGAAGAAGUUCGACAUCACCCGUGGGUUCUUGCGGAUCUACCGGACCAGCACGCCUGGCUUGAAGAGACAGAUCCAACUCGUCAGGCUGAGAAGAAGAUCGAGAUUUCCAAAGAUGAAAUUAACGCCGCCGUCGUGCCACUGAACUUGAUGGAAAGAGUGAAGUCCGUCGUGAAAGGAGUCAGUACGAAGCUGGGUCUUGGAACGAAACGUGAGAGAUCGCAGUCGUCCGCAAGCCUGCCCAAAGAUGGUUCUCCCGGUCCUUCCGCUCAUUCUUCUAGUAGUACCAUCAGCUCAGAUGCGAGGAGGAUGAGUAUUCGAGCUGAACAGAUCGUCAGCGCGCUACAAUCUUCUCAUGAUCAGCAUCCAUUAUCAAAGAGUGUGGCUGCGAGUCCUGACAGCGACAAGGCAUCCAGGCGCGUUGCGAGAUUGAACGGCCACAGUGAUGCUGGCCAUCGCCUAUCCAGAGUAACUUCACGUCCAACUCCACAUCGCGCUAUGACACUCAAUUCUGCCACGGAAUCUAUGAGGACCGUCACGCCAUCUGACUUUACUCGAGCCGAAUCACCGCCGAAAUCGCCUGGUCUGCCAGGCACUCCGCAGGCACUCGCGACAUUGAGCGGAAGUGCUUUGGGUGGACUUCUCGGCGGUGCGGCACGUAUGGUCAGCCGCGUUCGCGAGUCAAGUCGUCAGCGUUCGCGCCAACGACGUGGACCAACCAGCGAGACUAGCUCUGUACACUCUUCUGACCAUCACGCAGAGGCCACUCUGGCCGUGAGCGACGCAACAGCAGCUGG